CUUCUUUGAGGAAAACACUUUCAUCCGGCUCAGCCAUAUUGCUUUUUGCUGACAGACAGUAACCCCUAACUCCAAUCCCGGCCAUCCUAGGCCAUCUUUGUAUAGUUUCAGUUAUAUCUCCUCUGUACAGCAAUGUCUUCGGGAACUCCAUACCUUGGCACUAAAAUAAGCUUAGUUUCCAAGUCAGAAAUUAGAUAUGAGGGAAUUUUGUAUUCCAUUGACACCAAGGAAUCUGUUGUGACGUUAGCACAGGGUUAGUUUUCUGGCAUUGGUCAAUGUUUUUCUGUUUUUGUUGGGAUAUUACAUUUUUUUCACCGUGUUCUCUCCUUUUGCUUUGUUUGCAGUGCGUUCGUUUGGAACGGAAGACCGAGAGGCGCCUAAAAGGGUUCCUCCAAGGGACGAGGUUUACGAGUACAUUGUUUUUCGAGGACAGGACAUCAAAGAUCUAACUGUAAUAAGUGCUGAGUCGCAUUUACCUCAGGACCCAGCCAUUGUCCAGGUAUGCCAUGCAGGAAGCCUAUGUAAUGUGUAGUUACAGCUCGAAUUCGCAGCGAAUUCUUUGUUUUAAGUCAAGUGACGGAAAUAAGUUGUUUGACAACAACAAUUCAUUUCACUUUCAGUUCCGGCUUGAAAGAGACAGUAAAAUAAAUGCUUAAGUCAACAUGAUUUUAAAUCGUACUUAGGUCACAAAGUUUGUCAUGGCUUUAAUGGGUUGAGCUUGUUAUGCCCAGAUAAGUCCACUCACGAACGCCAUAUUUACAUCGUACGUGUGAAAAAAUAUGAUUACGUGACAAGACUUGUAUUCUUAAAAAAAAAAAAUUAAGAACUUGUGCUAGUCGAAAUGAUUCCAUCGAUUGAAUUAAACGUAAUAUAGGCACUGGGCAAGCUACAGAACUGUUAAGUUACACCUAGUCAUAUCGAAAGCGAGAAACAAUUUUAGAAUAUCUAGCAAACGAGACAAGACGUAAUGUUUACUAAACCAAAAAUAUGGAUGUGGAAGCAAACAGAAUGAGCGAGUGGAGUUCAAUUCAGUAGUAUCUUAGGGUUUGAAAACAAAUUGAAUAACUCAAAUUUAUUGAGAAGCAAAACAUUUGGUAAAUGUCUUGGUAAGUAAAAACAUGGAGGUUUCAAAGCCGAAAUGCAAACUAGGUAGUUUAUAACCAGCUCAUAUACAAAAGAAAUUUACUAUUUAAUAUGAAAUUCAUCAGAUAUGACAACCAGGGUUAUAUCCUGGAAUUUGUGAUAAGCUUGUAGAAUUGUUUUGUUUUUUGGUUUUUGAUCAUAAUUAGUGUCACAAUCCUUCUCUUGGAGUGUGCUACCAUGAACAGCAGAAGAAUUUUAAAAAUCAGGCAUUAAAUAAAAGAUCAUUUUGGAAAAAAAAUUUAAACUUUAAAAACUGAUAUUUGCUUAUGGGCAAAAUAUACACAUACCUGGUUAUUAAAUCAGUUAAGAUAAGUAGACCACUAUAACACCAUUAGCCCCUUGUCAGGGCAAUGUGUAAUGAACAAUCGCUCUCUCCAUUUUCCUUUUCCUACCAUUUAGGAUGUUAAUUUAAAUUUUUACUUUUUAUUUCCAUUUUGAUUGUUUUGCUAGUCUGGUAGUUCAAGAGUUCCAACUCCUGGCUAUUCUCAUUUCCCUGCUCCUGUAUCAUUCCCACCUCAUCCAACCACAUAUCCUCCAUUUGGUUCGCCAUAUGGCGGUUACACGCCACAACACAGACCAAUGCCAGGCCCCAUUCCACCACAUCCAGCAAUGAUGCCACCUGGUCAUAUGAUGCCUCCAAGGAUACCCACACCACCAACAGUUCAACAUGUACCUUUGUCUCGCAGUCGUACACCAUCUCCAGAAACUGUAACACCUGUGGUAUCCACUUCUAAAACAGAGGAUAAAAGGGAGGAUACAGCUCAUGAUAAAAGCACAGCUCAGCAAGGAACUCAAACAGUUCAGGCUAAGAAGAAACCAUCUUCUAGACCAUCGUCAAGAAGAGGCUCAGUAGACAAAACGGCUGCAUCUCAAGAGAAGAAGAAGAAACAAGAGGUAGUAGAUAAGGAAACUUUUAAUAAAGACCCCACGGAGGAAACCCAGUCCACUGAACCUCAGAAACAGAAACAAGGUCUGGGAAACAUGAUAUUUUAAUGAUUUUACAAUGAAACUUGUUUGCACUUAACUUAGUGAUGAUGAUACUUUCAUAUAGCUGGAAUAAUUUCAUGCUUGUCUUAAAGACUCUAUUUUUCACCUCACUUAGUUAACUGUGGUUUAAGUGAAUAAUCUCGCAUUGAAUGUCAUUAGUAAAUUUCUUUUCAUUAAUUUUGGUCUUUGCAAAACGUAUUAAAUGAGUGGAGAUUCUUGUGAUUUAACAAGCAUAUCAAUGAGGUUCACAGCCAUCGCAUGAUCAUGAAUUUCAAGGCAGUAAAAUUUGAGAGUCAGCUGAAACUUUUGAAGUUUUAUAAGCGACAGGGCUCUAGAUGUAAAAUUAGAGUCAUCAAACCUAAAAAAAAGUAAAGGAAAAAAUUGCAUAAUACAGAGUUAUGUUUACCACCAGGCUUGUCUCGAAGUAAGCUAUAUGGCCAGUUAUCAUUUCUGAAGGUUACUCCGACAACCACAGAGAAAAGGACAAAGUUGUCAUAGAGGAAAAUAGUUUGUGUCAAAAGUGUCUCACUUUGAUUCCAGAACUUAAAACUGCUUCUAAAACCAAAAUUAAUUUAAACCCUGUAACAACUGUUUAAAAAUUACAACUAGAAGUUCUUAAUGAGAUCCUUAUAAACUUUGUUGAAGAAAAAAAAUUGUUUUUUACUAAAGAUAUUUAACUUUUCUAUAUGUUUAACUUCUAACUUCUCAGGGCGUAAAAUUAACUUUUUUUUCUGAUAGCCACUUGGCUCCUAAAUUCUUCAAAGUGGUAGCCAAUUCAAAAAAAGUUGGUCGCCAUUUUCAAAGACAAACAAAAUCUUUCUUUAUGCUGUCAGCGUUCUAGAUAGACCCUCCAAAAUUAAGUUAGGGAAAAGAUCAGUAACAUGCUACAAAGUGGACAUUAGGAUGGAUGAUAUACAAUGUUCAGGCUCAUCUAAAUCCAAGAUGGCGUCUAGUUAUUGAUCGAGAUGCAUGUGCUAUGUUUUGGAAACAAACUUAAAGUGAAAGUUUGCCGCGGAUUUAUCUUUGCAAAUCUUUUUAAUUCACUAUAUCUCUUGGUAAGGUUAUGAUGAAAUGUUCUAGUCGCCAAUUUGGCGACUAACUUUCAGGAUUUGGUCGCCAAAGUUAAAAAUUUAGGCACAUUGGCGCCUGUAUUAGGCGCAAUUUCACGCCCUGCUUCUUCUUGGUGAGUUGGCAUUGGCAAGUUGAACCGUUGGUGACUUGACUGUAAUUCUAUUUGCAGUAUUCCCAAUCUCACUUUAUACCAAAUUGUUUUUUCUAGUGGGUAAUCGUCGUCCACAGGGAAGAAGAGGAUCUGGUCCAAGAGUCAACAAACCACGAACAGUUGGUGGUCCUGUUAAAUUUGAGGGCGAGUUUGAUUUUGAGAGUUCAAAUGCUAAGUUCAAUAAAGAAGAAAUUGAGGAGGAACUACAGCAGAAGCUCUACGAAAACCUCAGGUUGAAAGAUGAGGUAAUGAGUUACACUUAUCUGCACUUGCCUGUAGGCAUAAAUUAAUUUUGAUUAUAAGAAUGAUGUUUGUUGGCUAAAAACUCUUUGCAUAUGAAUAGUGGAUCUUAAAGAUGCUGAACCCUAAAGAGCUACUACUUUUCCUGUCUAAAAGGUUUAUUGUGGAUACGUUUUGACAGUCCUUUGCUAUUUGGCAUUGGAAACGAUUUGUUUAUUGCUUUUAUGCGAGGGAGUGACUACCUAUGUUCUAGACUAAAUAACUUAUUAUGAUAGGUAUCAGUUUUGUUGUUGAAAUUGUACUAGUCCACUACAAAAUUUAUAUUUGAGUAACAGCAUUUGCCAAACUUCUACCUUAAAAAAAAAAUAGAAAAGACUUUGCUUUUGCACACUGAUUAGAGUAAAUCUUCAACUGGAAGGGAAGUGUGAUCAGGUUGGAAUGCUCUCCUUACCACUGUACCUUGUUAAAACCCCAAGAGUUCUUAAUGUGUCUACAAAGUAAUUUUUCUGACUAAGCUAAACACUGACUGUGUGACUAAUGAUGAGUUCUUAUUUCUAGGAUGAAAGUGAAGCAAUCAGUGCACCUGAAAAUUAUGCUAGUGAUGCUCAACCUUCAAGCCCUCUCAAUUAUUAUGAUAGUUCCAAAUCCUUCUUUGACAGUAUUUCCUGUGAGGCAAAGGACAGAAACAGAAAUAGACGGUAUUGUCUUUCAUUUUUUUAAACUUUACCACACCUCUCUUGCAGUGGUCCUUGUUCAACUUGUGCAUGCUGCAUGGGUUUACAAUUGACAGGUAACAAUUGUGAAAUGGAGUGUUAAUCAGCUAUUUUUAAAAUUGAUUUCUUUUCUCAGGGCUCACCCUUCAUGGCAGCAAGAACGUAAAGUAAACAUGGAGACCUUUGGAGUAACUGGUGGCAUGCGACGUGGAGGUCGAGGGAGAGGAAGAGGGAGAGGUCGAGGAGGUUACAGAGGUGGCAGAGGUGGAAAUAGGUAUCAAGGACAUGAUGGCAGUAGUCAAGGAGGACGUGGAGGCUGGCGUGGUGGGCGUGGUGGUUCCAGAGGUGACCGCUCAAGGUCCUAUGUAGAUCAACCCAUUAAUGGUAAUGACAAAUUACCAAGAAAUCUACCCAAUGGACCAGCUAUGGUAGGAAAU